GAGGCCCCCAGACCGCCACUGACCAGCUGUGUUUAUUUAUAAACGCGAAAUUAGUUCUGCAACCCCUCAAAGAGUGUGUGAACGCCGUCGUGGAAGAUUGCACUUGCUGGAGUGCCUGCAGCUUACCUGAAAAAUACGCUGAAACCCGUAGAAGCCACAGGACAGUGCCACAAAUAUCCAAAAGACCGCAUUUAUCAGGAAAAUGGCACAAACAUCAGCUUUAGCCAAAAUCAGUGACCCUCCCGUCGAUCCUGUGCAGCUGUUUAAGCAUCUGAUAGAGACAGCUGGUCAAGGCAAACCGUUCAUAGAGAUGAAUCUGGCCACUAUAGACGAGGAAUUUGGUGUGCUCAACCGAACUGUCGUAUAUCGUGGUCUCUCCAGCGACAACCAUGUGUUCUACAUCACCCAUCGAUACACGCGCAACUGCAAGAAUCUUCAAGCCAAUCCAAAGGCCUGUCUAACCUUUUAUCUGCCGUUGGUCAAGAACGUUGAUGGCAAGGACAAGGACACCUUGGACACCUGGCAGGUGCGUUUGAUUGGAGCUACGGCCGUGGAGCUGCCUGAAUCUGAAAUGGACGCUCUAUGGGCCAAAGAAGACUUACCGGCCAAGAUACGUGGCCAUGUUUUCCCCUGCGGCGAGCCAGUGGACUAUGAACAGCAAAAGGCAAAGCACGACAACUUCCUCAAGGAGCACUUGAGCACCGGCAGGCCCAUCGAGAGGCCAGCCACUUACACUGGCUGGAAAUUCCAGCCCCAACGCUGGGAUUUUCUCAAAGUGGGCCAGGGCCAGAUCGCCGAUCGUGUGCAGUAUCGCCUGCAGAGUAACGGCAAAUGGCAGUCCAUGCACGUUGCCACCUAAGUAGCGAACUGCUUUCAAGCAGUUCAUUUCGCUCGAUUUAGGUUUUAUUCAACAAUAUCUUUCUACAAACAGCUAAAAUUAAUUAUCUAACAACUAAAUUUGCUUCAUUUUCGACAUGUUUAACAUACAACUACAGCAUAGUUAAUAAAUAUUACACAAAACAGCA